UCUCCUGCGGAGAUUGCACUUUAGCGGGUCCAAAAGAGCGGCUUUUUGCUUAUUAAUAACUAUUUUAGUUGCUUACUAAACGUAGAGCUACCCACACGAUGAGCGCGAUCUUCAGCCAGAUUGUCCAGCUGGAAGCAGCAUUGAUGGUUCUAUUCGUCGCUUGGGCGUCGUCCCAGGAUGCGGAUAUAGCCAGGAUGUGCACUGCCUACAAGAAAAGCGUUUGGGAGGAGACGUCCGAGUUCAGCUUUCUGAUCGAGAACGCUCCGAUUAUCUACAAGACCCUGGACAAAUGCACCAACUAUGCGCCGCUCAUAAUCGGAGGAGGACCCGCAAUGCCCAAGGAGUUCCCGCAUGCUGUGCGCCUGGGCCACAAGGAGGACAAUGGCGAGGUGGACUGGUUCUGUGGCGGAACACUUAUCAGCAACAGACAUGUGCUCACUGCAGCGCAUUGCCACUACUCACCACAGGGUUCAGUGAACAUCGCGCGCCUCGGAGACUUGGAGUUUGACACCAGCAACGACGAUGCGGAUCCGGAGGACUUCGUCGUGAAGGACUUUACCACGCACCCCGGGUACAGCUACCCGGCGAUUUACAAUGACAUUUCCGUGGUGAGGUUGAGUCGACCCGUAACCUUCAACGAGUACAAGCAUCCGGCCUGUCUGCCCUUCGACGAUGGACGAUCGGUCUCCUCCUUCAUAGCCAUCGGUUGGGGUCAACUGGAGAUCGUUCCCAGGACGGAAAACAAGAAGCUACAGAAAGUCGAGCUCUACAAUUAUGGAACGCGCUGCAGGCUAACGGCGGAAAAGAACGAGGAACUGCCCGAGGGAUACAAUGCCACCACCCAACUGUGCAUCGGAUCCAACAAGCACAAGGACACCUGCAACGGCGAUUCCGGCGGACCGGUGCUCAUCUAUCAUAAGGACUACCGCUGCAUGUACCACGUGAUGGGUAUCACAUCCAUUGGAGUGGCCUGCGACACCCCCGAUAUUCCGGCCAUGUAUACACGGGUUCACUUUUACCUGGACUGGAUUAAGCAGCAGCUGGCCAAAAAUUAGUAUUAGUGGGUAAAUUAUCAAACUUUCGUACCAACACAUUAUCGAAAGCAGUUGCAAACAAAGAAUAAAGCUGGAUUCUUCUGAAUAUUCCUCUUGCAAUAAAUAUGAAAAUAUCAUAAGUCAA